GCUGCCCGUGGAGGGCAUGAGGAACAUCCUGAUCACCAGCGCUCUGCCCUACGUGAACAACGUGCCCCACCUUGGCAACAUCAUUGGCUGCGUCCUCAGUGCUGACACCUUUGCCAGGUACUGCCGCCUGCGGAACUGGAACACGCUCUACUUGUGUGGCACGGACGAGUAUGGCACCGCCACCGAGACCAAGGCAGUGGAAGAGGGGCUGACACCGCAGGAAAUCUGCAACAAGUACCACGCCAUCCACGCUGACAUCUACCGCUGGUUUGGCAUCUCUUUCGACCACUUCGGCCGCACCACCACACCGAGCCAGACCACGAUUGCCCAGGACAUCUUCCAGCGCCUGCUGGCACGUGGGUUCCUGCUGCAGGACACGGUGGAGCAGCUGCGGUGCGAGGGCUGCCAGCGGUUCCUGGCCGACCGCUUCGUGGAGGGGACUUGCCCCUUCUGCAGCUACGAGGAGGCACGUGGGGACCAGUGUGAUAAGUGUGGCAAACUCAUCAAUGCUGUGGAGCUGAAGAACCCACAGUGCAAACUCUGCAGGGGUGUCCCCAUAGUGAAGCCCACUCAGCACCUCUUCCUGGACCUCCCCAAGGUGAGCCUCAGGCUGGAGGCCUGGCUGGAGCAGUCCUGGGCCACAGGGGACUGGACGGCCAAUGCUCGCUACAUCACCCGGUCCUGGAUCCGGGAUGGGCUCAAACCACGCUGCAUCACCCGCGACCUGAAGUGGGGCACACCGGUGCCCCUCGAUGGCUUCCGUGACAAGGUCUUUUACGUCUGGUUUGAUGCUCCCAUUGGGUACUUGUCCAUUACAGCCAACUACACUGACCAGUGGGAGAGGUGGUGGAAGAACCCACAGCAGGUUGAGCUCUACAACUUCAUGGCCAAAGACAAUGUUCCAUUCCACAGCGUCAUAUUCCCCUGCUCGCUCCUGGGUGCUGAUGACAACUACACCCUGGUGAACCACCUCAUUGCUACAGAGUACCUGAACUACGAGGACGGGAAGUUUUCCAAGAGCCGGGGUGUGGGGGUGUUUGGGGACAUGGCCAAGGACACCGGCAUCCCUGCGGACGUCUGGCGCUUCUACCUGCUGUACCUGCGGCCUGAAGGGCAGGACAGCGCUUUCUCCUGGAGCGACCUCAUGCUCAAGAACAAUUCAGAGCUGCUGAACAACCUGGGCAACUUCAUCAACAGAGCUGGCAUGUUUGUGUGCAAGUUCUUCGGUGGCACCGUCCCCGACAUGGUCCUGACGCCGGACGACAAGCGGCUCUUGGCCCGUGUCACUCUGGAGCUGCGCCAGUACCACCAGCUGCUGGAGAAAGUCCGUAUCCGGGAAGCUCUGAGAUGUAUCCUCAGCAUCUCUCGCCAUGGCAACCAGUACAUCCAGGUGAAUGAGCCCUGGAAGCGGAUCAAGGGGGAUGAAAAGGACAGGCAGCACGCAGGCACCGUGACUGGUGUGGCUGUGAACAUGGCUUCCCUGUUGGCUGUGAUGCUGCAGCCCUACAUGCCCAGCAUCAGCCUGGCCAUCCAGGGGCAGCUCCACAUCCCCCCAGACUGCUUCGUCCUGAGCCACGACUUCACCUGCACCCUGCCCCCCGGGCAUCGUGUGGGCACUGUGAGCCCCCUUUUCCAGAAGCUGGAGAAUGACCGGGUUGAAGCCCUGCGCAGACGCUUUGGGGGAGGGCAGCCUGAAGAUCUCACUGUAGAGCCCCAG